AAGCGAUCGGUGUUAUCGGAGCGAUCGUAGGUGUAGUUCCGUAGGGCUUUCGACUCUAGUGUUUCGGCUGUCUGUCUGCCGCGUGGCGCGGUCGCGGUCGUCGACUCGCUGCACUUGCACCGGGUCCUCGGCGCUCGGCGCUCGGCGCUCGGCCACGCGCUCGGUCAGUGCGCGCCAACACACCGCCGCCGGCACACCGCGGCGCCGCGCCGUGAAACAAUACUUUUUUAAUACUUGAGUGGUCGAUUUUUGGGUUUGAAUUUAGACUUUGUUGUUGUGUGGUUGCACUUGUUGCACGGGCACGCGGGGCAGGCAGGCAGUGUCGCGGGCGUAGCGCGGAGCCGCACGCGCCGGGCCGGCAGCCGGCAUGCCACGCUAGGAGCAUGAGCAUGCGGCUGCUGCUGCCGCUGCCGCUGCUCAUGCUGUCGCUCAUGCUCGCGCGCCCUGCAGCAGCCGGGAUCUGCUGGUCGGGAAUGGAGCGCGACGGGCGUUGCAGUUCGGUGGCGGCUCUUCGCGUAGGCCGCGCCGAGUGCUGCGCGGGCGGAGCGCGCGCCCCCGCCGCCUGGAGUCCGCGCGACCUGGACAGCGGCGAGAUAUUCUUCUACAAGGCGCUGUCAGGUGGCGUGCCCUGCACCGCCUGCGCCGAAUCAUGCGCAGGCGUGUCGUGCGGGGCGGGACGUCGCUGCGUGGUGCGAGGCGGGCGUGCGCGCUGCGUGUGCGCCGCUGCCUGCCGCCGCGCCGGCGCGGUCUGCGGCAGCGACGGCAAGACGUACCGCUCGCUGUGCCGGUUGAGGCGCAGAGCUUGCCGCCGCGCGUCCAAGCAUCUGUCGCUUGACUACCCGGGGCCUUGUCGAGUGGGUAGUUGCGACGGCGUCCGCUGCGGCGGCGACAAGCGCUGCGUGCUGGACGCCGAGCUCGGCGCACAUUGCGUGCGCUGCGGCGCGUGCAGCGUGGCCGGCGCGCCCGUGUGCGCUGUCGACGGUCGCACCUACGCAGGCGCGUGCGCGUUGCGCCGCGCGGCGUGCGAGCGCGGGAAGGCGCUGCCGCUGGCUUAUAAAGGCUCUUGCAAAGCGAACGCAACUUGCUCCACAAUAUCGUGCAACGCCGGGCAACGAUGCGUCGCGGGCGGCGCGAGUGGCGCGCGGUGCGUGUCGUGCGGUUCGUGUGGAGGAGGCUUGCGGCGAGAGCUGUGCGGGACAGACUCACGGACUUACCCGUCAUGGUGCCGCCUCCAGCGGGCGGCCUGCCACGCCGGCCAAGUCGUCGAUCCGUUGCAUCCUGGGCCUUGCAAAGGGAGCAAAAACAUAACGGAUAUUAGAGUGACUGACGAGCGAAGCGGAGGAGUCGGCAAGCGCGUGCUAUAGUCACAUUUUCUUGCUGCUUCGGUUUAGAUAACCUACGUUUUGUGUUAAUGUCCGUGUCUAAGUUAAUAAUCGAAGCCCAAGAAACGAUCUUGGACGACGGCAUUCUACUGAUUAAGACACCUGAUAAGGAAAGGGACAACUUAGAACCAUGUCUUAGUAGUGACACUGACAUUUCUGGUAAAAAGUUAGUUUGACAUAAGUAACUAAUUCUAUAGUGGCUCAAGACUCCAUUUCGUUCCGAUUUGAUGAAAGGAGGCAGAUACGGUCUCAAUGAGAGGAGCUUCGUUACAGGCUAUCAGCAUGUGGACAUUAACAUUAGAAUGUAGGCAUUUAAUGGCACAUUUUAGUAGUAUUUUGAACUGAUGUCUGUCUACCUAGUAUGUAGUCCGUUUGAUUACUAGAUUCGAAUGAGAUAAGCAUGGUAUGAUUAUGAAUGACGCAACUUAGGUACUGUUUGGUCCAUAGGACGAGUCAAUUUUUUUAGUGUUUAGAACCCAUCAACGAGCUCACUAGCGCCACUGCUAAAUAAUUGUGAUUUAAAUUUAACGAUUGAUAUUUAAAAAAGGGGUCCGCUAUGUACUAUAUGUAUUUUGUAUUUACCUAAGUACCUUUUGAAUACAUUAUAAUAGUUUUUACGUUGCUGGAUUCGUCAAUCUAUACGUCCAAAGUUUAAACGGCCGUUUUUGUUUUGAGUUCAUAGAUCGACGAAUCCAGCAACAUAAAAACUAGUUUGAUGCAUCCAACAGGUACUUAAAUACAAAAUACAGUACGUAGCGACCCCCUUUUUUAAAUAUAUAUCGUUAAAUUUAAAUAAUCACAAUUAUUUAGCAGUGGCACUAGUGAGCACGUUGAUGGGCUCUUCAAAAAAUUCAAAAUACGUAGAUACUUGUAGGAUUAGAUAAUUUUUAUCGAACGAUACAUAUUUCGAACUAUGUAGAUAAAUAAUUCUAUUAGUUUUAAUUAAUACUUACAUAAUUAAAUUUGAGCACCAAAUCGUACUUAAUAUUUAGUCAGAAAUAUACUUAGAAGUGUAGUUAGCACAAAAUUUGGAAUCUUUGUACUAGUGAAAACUCUCUAGUUAAAUUGGAAUUUUCUUCGUCGAUACGACGUAACCGCUAGGGUAAAUUAAAAUAAUACCUUUAUCGGACUGACAAUUAUUCUUAAAAUUUUAUUAACUAAGACUUGAUAUUUUUACUUGACGAGAACGAGGUUUUGACGCUUAUGCAAUAUUUAUUAUUAAGUUAUGAAAUAUUAAGUUUUAGUGCAAUAAUUUUCAUUGAAAAUGGUAUGUAUUCAUGUGUGUAAAUUUUUGUUUUCUAGAAAUGAGUCUAAUUGUCGUGACUACGGUAAAAAUGCAAUUUGGGCAUGUUUAGAGUGUUAAAUCGUUUUCAGUAUUAUAUGUAUUUAAGAUUAUUAGAAUAUUCUUAUUUUCGGAACAUUUUAUGAAUUGGAUGUUAGGUGAUUUUAAUAGACUGUAGAUAAAAAGUAAUUUAUUGUUACUUUUAAAUUAUUUCUAAAAGUUUCCAGCACGUUUUAGACCGCGGGCCAGGAGCAUAUAUCAUCAGACGCAUAUGGUCAUAUGACAUCGCCUCUCGGUUGAUAAUAUGUCAGAUGAUGGUUUAGAUGCUAUCAUGAAUUAAAAUAAUAAUCAGCCGGUUUUAUCGCGGUGGAAAGAACCUCAGCUGGUCAGAUAAACAGGUAAAAAAAUAUAUUUUUUCAGUCAUCGCCUCCCGAUUGAUACUUUGUCAGAUGACAGUUCAGAUUCUAUUAUAAAUUAAAAACCGUCAGCCGAAUGUAUCGCGGUGGAAAGACUGUCAUAAUGUUUUUAACGAAAAAAUUAUAGUUACCUACAUAUCUAGGUAUUUGAAAUAGGUAACUUGUAAGUGUAAGGUCUUUUGGUACAUGUUUAUACAAUACAAAUACAAAUACUCUUAAUCUUAUGUUUGUCAAUACAAAUACUCUUUAUUGCACACCUCAUUACAGAAAACAAUACAAAGAAUACAGAAAAGAAGAGGUUUAACAACAGAUUUAUUUUAAGUACUUACUGCUAUUUAAAUGUAUUGUUACGCCCUGGUAAUCUUAUAGUUACGUGCAUUCAUGUUUUCUUUUAGUGAAAUUAUUCAUUAGGUUUAGAAUCUUCGAUACAAUCAAGUUUUAAUACCAGAUCGCUUAAAGGAAAAAAAUCAUACAACAUUACAUAAAAGUAAAACAAUUGUAAAUUAAUGAUUAAAAUACGUAAUUUAAGAUCUUUUUAUUUUAUUUCACUCCGCUCUUUGAGUAGGUACUUAUAUGUAAAAUCAUUUCUAAGUGUAGGCAACCCUAGCGUUGUACCGUUGCGUUGUGCGCGUUGCGGGGAGCGGUGCGUUGAAGGUCAGUCCAUUAUAUUUUUGUAUAGGUAUCAAAGCGUAGCUAUUUGCGUUUUCGUAAGAUCUGUGAUAAUACUACAUGCAAAGUUUCAUGAUUUUGAUAUCAGUAUCAUAAACAGGAAGGCGGGUUAUUUUCUUACAUGUUCAUUCGACCAGCUGACGGUCUUUCCACCGCGAUACAACCGGCUGACGAUUUUUUGAAUUCACCGUAACAUCUCAACAAUCUUCUGACAAAGUUACAAUCGGCAGGCGAUGACUACAUUUAUUUACUUUUUUUACGUGUUUGGGUGGCUGCCGUUCCUCAUCCCACCAACAGAGCGGUAGCGGCAGCUAACAUCCACGAGGGCUCAUUACACAUCCCCUUUAACCACUUUACGAGGUUUCACCCGGGAUGCUAUUGGUCAUGGAAAUCUGUUCCUGGCUCGCGGUCUAUUUUAUCUUGUUAGAGUAUUCGUAUGUCUCGACGAGUUUAGUGGAUUGACUCUCUUGGCGUCCUGCUUAGCUUUAAUAAGUAACUCGGUUUCUAAAAGCGCGAGUCAACUAGUCCACAUUCUUUCCCCUGCUUGAUUGCGCCACUAUUUUAAGUUUUAAAUCUGUAUUUAUUAAAUUUUAAUUAACACUCCUAUUCGUCCUACUAAAAUGUUGUUAUAAUUUGGUUGCAAGUCCCUAGACAAGCCAAGAUUGAGACACUACACUAGAUUUAUUGUAAUUUGACAUUUGUCACUUGUAUCGAUGGUGUAGUGCAGCGGUCGGCAACCUUUUAGCAGCCAAGGGCCACAUAGUAGUUUUUGUUUAAAUUUAUAUUUCAAUGAAGAAUACUACUACUGUAUUAUUUUAUUUCAAAACAUACAAACAGUUAACUAUUACAUACAAAAUAGCCAGAGAGGCUCGCGGGCCGCCUGUUGCUGACCGCUGGUGUAGUGUGUAAGCUUUUAGUAGAUUUUUUUAGUAAGGCACGAUUUUGUACUAUGCUGAAGAACUGCUCUAUAAUAAUGAACCUUCAGGAAACUGUAAUAAGAUGCUUUAUAACAACUAUGGAGUUUAAAAUUCGUGUCAUACUUUGUGAGGUCAAUUGAUGGUACUUAGAUUGAGAAUGUGGACGUAACUAAUACAUAAUAUAUGACUUAGCUCUUGUCAAUUACUUCCUAGUGCUAAACAAGUUGUUAACUGCACCUGAUAUAAUAAUACUUGUUGUAGUUACUCAUUGCGAACAUUAGAUGAUGUAUAAUAUAUUUGUCCUUGUUGAUUACUUUUCUUGGUCUUCAUAAAUAUUUUACGUGGAG